AUGAUCCAAAACGGUGUUGGAGAGCGGCCAUCCGAGAUACCUAUUGGUCUCAGAGACAUAUGCGAAAAAAUCCACCAAGUUGCUGAGGAUGUGAGGACCUUAGGUCGGUUUGGUAACAAGAGAAGCUUCACCCUCGUUUCAAACGCGGCUCGUAUUAUGACUUCCGAACAAAGCGAGCGACCAUUCCGAGUCUAUCAAGACUUCCUCUACGAGAUACGCCGUGGUCGUAAUGGCAGAAGCAUGGCCACUUUGUGCGCUGCAAGCAUCGGGAAGACCAAAGCCAUCACAUUAAACCAAAAGGACAGGACUACGCUUGUAAGAUAUAUAGCCAAUAACGGCAGUGUACUUACUUCUGAGCCCCUCGCGUUGCUUGCUGCUCAGUACAAUAUCCCGACAGCUGAGACCCAGUUCCGUGACAAGUUUCAAAUUGGCCGUCCCAUAGGUCUGGCCCUACUACCCGCGUAG